ACAUCCACGUUGAACAGUAGAGUAAGCAAAAGAUAUCUAUAUUGCGAUUACUCAAAAUUUUGCUGUAUAUCAUCAAUGUUUUGGUCGGAAAUACCAAGCUUGUUCAAUUCCUUGUUCGCCUUGGCCAUGGACUUUCUUUUCUUCUUUUCGUGUAACCAGCAACCAACUUGACAACGCACUCAUGUCUCAGCCUUCUGCUGAUACCGUUCUUAACCCCUAAAUUUCUCUUGGAUCUGUCCCAAAGCGUUCAUUUCUUAUCUUGGGGUCUCAUCGCCUCGUGCCCCGCAGUGAAGCGACAUGGCCUUCAUCAAUAGGUCUCGCUCUGAAGACAGAGGACCAGACACAGAAGAUCCUGUCUUCAAGAGCCUUGUAACGCCAGCUCAACGCUCCGCCGCGGUCAAAAUCUGGCAUCUUUGUGAUUCCUUUCCUUGGGAGAUUAUACCGUGCUCCCCCGAGACGAGAUGGACCCAAGGCCUUCUCGAUUGUUUCCUCGAGACGAUGACUAUGUGCUUUUCUGGACAAAAACUGGAUGAUCUUGACAAGAAAAAGGUGCGCUCUGCGCUUCUGAGAGUUGCCCGGCGAAGAGGAGUUGGAGAGCCAAUUGUCAUCACAGAAACCGACAUCAGAGGUGUUUUGUCUCUGUUGAAGAAAACAGACUCACAGCCCGGAUCGGACUCAGAAACACUACUCGCCACGAGAACAAUAUCCGGUGGCAAGUUGGCGCUUAAACCUGCUGCUAAACGAGUCAGAACCGAGGAUACGAGCCCGCUCGCGCGAGUAACGCGCUCUUCAAAGCGACAGAGAGGACAGGCGUCGAAAACAAUCUCUGGCACAAGCCCCAAGACUCCGGUACCCAAGCGCAAAAGUGCAAAUACUGUGGUGAUCAACUCAGAUGACGAAAGCGACCGCGAUGAAGCCCAAGACCAGUGCCUCGAUGAGAAAAAAGAGCCAGACGACAAUCAGAGUCAGCCCGCGCUGAGCCACUCGGACGAGCCUUCUCCAAACCCAGAUUCCCAGCUUCUAGAAACCGUUGCGGAACACGAGAGGCGCAAACCUUUAUCAGCACCGUCACCGGAUGCAGAAGAGGUUAAUCCUAGCACUGAUUCUGCAUCACCUACUCAGAGUGGUUCAGGACGUCCUCUAGCAACUUCAUAUCGCAGGAUCCGCAUUGCAUCUCUCGGCAUGACAGAUAAACAAAUAGGCGAUAAGAUCCGCAAGAGCUUAUCCAUCGUCGCGCAUAAGCAACACCUACGAAUCGAACAAAGACUGGCCGAGCUCGACGCCGAAGCCAAGUAUGCGAGACAAGCCUUGCUCGAAGCUGACAGCGCAAAUCACAGAAUGUUGAAGAGCCGCGAACGAAAGCAAGACGCCAUUUCCGCCACGAUGAAGGCAUCCGAAAAAGCACGCGCCGAUUAUGAAAAGAGCGUCGAAGCGUUGCGAUUCGUGCAGAGCCUUGGGGUCAGCAACAUGGCCAGCGCUAUAAAAAGUCUAGAGAAGGCUGUAGAAGACGCCGACAAAGACCAAACAGUUACCCGUGCUGCCUACGACAGAGUCUGCCGUGAGCUUCCUAGCCUUGAGGAGAAAGCAGAGGCUGUGAAGAAAAAACUUGAGGAAGCGGAUGCCAAGUUUCGUCAGAUUUGUCAAGCAAGGGAUGAUUUCACUAUGGCUUCGGAGGAGAGAAACAUUACCUGUACGGUUCGUGUGGAGAGUGAUGCUAGAGACGACGGGGAACAUUUAUUUGACGAUUUUGUUCUUGAGCUUGGUGCGACUGUUCGACAAAAGGCACGGAAGUGA